AUGCAAAUCUCUGAUGAUAAACAUAAGCUUACCAUGACUGGGCAACUCGAAAUUUGGUCCAGUGAAGACAAUGUAGAAGCUCUCAACCAAAUCCUCAACAUUUGUCCACUUGUGCCAGCAAACUCCUCUGCCGCAAACUCCACUCUCCAACAUCAACUCCCGACACCAACAAGAAGCGUGGUCUUUGUUAUAGUCUGUACUCCUACUCAACAGGCAAAAUGA